GCGCGUUUCCCAUCACUCUUUGCACCAGUCCCAUUCUCGCUCCGUCUCGUGUGGUCCCAAGCUACCGCCGUUGUUCUAGUGAGAGAACCUCAACAUGGCAUCUGACGGACCACCCGGUACCGAAUCUCUCCCGUCCGAUUUAGGGAGUGCUAUUGCGGCUUUAAACACAUGGAGCAACCCAGAGCUCCAGGCAAAGCUGGCGGAGCUAGGAGCCCCCACAAUGGGUCCUAGAGAGGAGCUGAUUGACAGACUGAAGGGCUACAUGAUGCAGACUAGGAUUCUCCUCAGUAAGCCUGGUGAUGACAAACCAAUGGGCUCCCAGAUGCCAGGUAUCCCUCCUAUGCCCCCUCUGCCCAUGCCACCCAUCCCUCCUGGUAUGGGCAUGAUUCCAGCUAUGAGCAUGAUGCCUGGGGGGCCCCCUCCACCUGGCAUACACAUGGGCAUGGAGCCCCCAGGUUUGCCUCCUCCUGUCCUGUCACAGGAUGAUCAGUUGAAGAUGGCUCAGCAGAGAGCAGCUAUGGUGUUACAGCAGGAGGAGAGAGCCAAGCAGGGUGAUUCCCGAGUCGUGGAUGAACAGGAUCUUCUGGAGCAGCAGAAAAGGGCUGCAGUGCUGCUGGAGCAGGAGCGUCAGCAGGAGAUGGCUAAAAUGCAGGGCCCAGACCCCAGAGCCAUGCCCCCUGUCAGCACAGUAAGGGGUUUGGAUCCACAUGGGCCGCUGCCUCCUGGUGUCAGCAUGUUGCCUACCCAGAAACAGAGAGUGCCGCCGCCUCCUCCAGGAGAAGACAGCAGAGAGAACGAGGAGGUAAGUGUCAGCGGACCCAAGAUCCCUCAGGUGCUGGAGAAGAUCCUCCAGCUAAAGGAGAUCAGACAGGAGCAGCUCACUGAUCCCACAGAAGAGGAAGAUGAUGAUGAGAUGGACAUGACCAACUCCUCAGCUCCAGUCAUGUCGGAGACAGAAGACGACGAUAACCAGAUGUCUAAGAAAGAUAAAAAUCGCAAGCGCAGAAACCGCAAGAAGAAGAGCAAGAAGAAGCGAGCCCAGGAGAAGAAGGAGCAGGCAGAGCAGCAGAAGAAGGAGGGCAGCGACAAGGAGAAGGACAAAGACAAAGACAAAGACAAAGAGAAGAGCCCUGAGGUGGAGAUCGAGUAUGUCACAGAUGAGCCGGAGAUUUACGACCCCAAUUACAUCUUCUUCAAGAGGAUCUUUGAGGCGUUCAAGCUGACAGAUGAUGUGAAAAAGGAGAAGGAGAAGGAGCCUGAGAAGGCUGAGAAGCAGGAGACAGCUGUGCUGCGGAAAAAGGGUUUUGAGGAGGAGAAGAAAGACAGUGAUGAAAGUGAUGAGGAAGUCAGACCGGAUGCACCUAAACUGUCCAAGAAGAAGCUGAGGAGGAUGAAUAGGCUGACUGUGGCUGAACUCAAACAGCUGGUGGCCCGUCCUGAUGUGGUGGAAAUGCAUGAUGUAACAGCUCAGGAGCCCAAACUGCUGGUCCACCUGAAGGCCACCAGGAACACGGUGCCAGUUCCCCGCCACUGGUGCUUCAAAAGAAAAUAUCUGCAGGGCAAGAGGGGUAUCGAGAAGCCUCCAUUUGAGCUGCCUGAGUUCAUCAAGAGGACAGGGAUCCAGGAAAUGAGGGAGGCCCUGCAGGAGAAGGAGGAUGCCAAAACCAUGAAAACCAAAAUGAGAGAGAAGGUGCGACCCAAGAUGGGAAAGAUUGACAUUGAUUACCAGAAGCUCCAUGACGCGUUCUUCAAAUGGCAGAUUAAACCCAAGCUCACUAUUCAUGGAGACCUUUACUAUGAGGGUAAAGAGUUUGAGACUCGUCUGAAAGAGAAGAAGCCUGGUGACCUCUCUGAUGAGCUGCGAAUCGCUCUGGGCAUGCCAGUCGGACCUAACGCCCACAAAGUGCCUCCUCCCUGGCUAAUAGCCAUGCAGAGGUACGGCCCCCCUCCCUCCUACCCCAACCUCAAGAUCCCCGGACUCAACUCCCCGAUCCCAGAGAACUGCACAUUUGGUUAUCACGCUGGAGGCUGGGGGAAGCCGCCAGUAGAUGAAAUGGGCAAACCUCUUUACGGUGAUGUGUUUGGGACCAAUGCUGCAGACUUCCAGGCCAAAGCGGAGGAGGAGGAGGUGGACCACACACCGUGGGGAGAGCUGGAGCCUUCAGAUGAGGAGUCCUCAGAGGAGGAGGAGGAGGAGGAGGAGAGCGAUGAGGAGAAACCAGAUGAAACUGGGUUCUUCACACCAGCAGACAGGUACUUCAAUCAGCAUAUUACAAAAUAG